UUGUCGACAAUGUUUUGAUUUUUUUUUUAUCAAUCAUUUUUCAGGUGAUAGUUAAUAUUUUUUAAAAAAUGAAUAUCUUACCACAUAAAUCCUGGCAUGUUCGUACCAAGAAAAAUAUUGCCCGUGUUCGUCGUGAUGAAGAGAAAGCUCGCCGUGAAGAGGAAGAACUUCAACAACGAAUUAGUUUAGCUGAACAUGAAGCUCGCAUUUCUCAUCUAAAACAUAAACAAGGCAUCGAAACUAAUGAUAAUAAAUCGAAAAAUGAUGAUGCCGAUAAUUCUGAACAAUUUGAUCUAUUCAAAGAUUUUAAAGAUAAAAUUGCUCAAGAUUCAGAAAAAAAGGAAGAGAAAAAAAUCGAACAAGAAAAAUGGGAAGUUCGAACCGGAAUAUUUAGCUAUCUGGAUGGCCGAUAUAAACAUGAAAAAGCAGCUAAUGAUGAAUGGUAUCUAAAAUCACAUGAAGAACGUAUGAAUGUCAAAAAUGAUGAACCAAUUAAGAAUACCAAAGAUGAACGCAAUAAACGAAUGAAUGAUCCAUUAGAAAAUAUGAAAAGUUAUCUAUCAGUGAUGAAGAAAAACGAAUCAAUCAAAUUUGGUGAAGAUCCACCAAAGAUUAAAUCAAAAAUUUAUAAAACCGAAGAAUCUUUGAAUCUAGCGAAUUCAAAUCUUAAAAAAAAGAACAAAAAACGUAAAAAGCGUUCAUCAUCAUCAUCAGAUUCUGAUUCUGAUGAUCAAAGUAAAAAACUUUUAUUACAAAAACUUCGAGCUGAACGUUUGGAUCGUGAACGAAGAGAACGUGAUCGUGCAAUGCAAUUGGUUCAAGGACCGUCAUCAUCAUCAUCAUCACGUUCUGUUGUCAACAAUGAUGUAAAACAAAAAUAUAAUUCACAAUUUAAUCCUCAUUUGGCCAAACAAAAUUUUACUUGAAGAAAUUGUAUAAUAAUUUAA